AUGAGACUGUUGUGCAUACUGUUGGCGUCAUCCGUUCUCCGAUCACAGGCCGGGUCGGUCGCUCUCGGCGGAUCAUGCUCGUCGUCCGGCAACCACCUCGAUCCGCUCACGCACAAGUUCAUGUCUCAAUGCGACGAGAAGACGUUCUGUCCCGGAGAGAACAGCACAUGCACAUCGAAGCUCUGUCGCAGAGACGAAUUUCCCUUCGGCUACGCAGCUGCAGAGACCCUCCCUUCACUGUGCCCCAACGAUCAAUUCUGUCCGGACGACGGCAGUGGCUGCCGACCUUUACUGUCGGUAGGAGAUCUCUGUGACUUUGGUCGAGACGAGCAAUGCAGUUCGUCGAGCACAUGGCAGGAUCUGGUCAGCCCAUUCAACUUCAACGGAUCCGUGUGCCUUGGAAAUGUGUGCAUGUAUGCCAACAUGUCUGUCGGUCAACGAUGUAUUCUGGAGAAAGCGACGUACACGGACGCCGGAUUCGACGGUCAACCAUACGCCAGAGACAUCAUGCGCCACAAUUGUCGUACCCUAUUUUUGUACUGCGACGAGGCCCACUUGCAAUGCUUCCCUUCGAAAGAUUUCAAGGAUCAAUGCACAGACCACCAAGAAUGCAUCAGCCACACAUGCGUGCAUGGCGCGUGCGCGGUUUCUGCCAGCGCACCGGGCUCAUCUCGCUGGUGGAAGUACGCGUUGUCGGUGCUGCUCGUGCUCUCUGUGAUGGUCUCGACCUCCGCAGUCCUCGUUAUGGCAAACAAGCGAGCACGUAUUCGGCAAUACCGAGAGAUGCGGAUGUAUUAUUACGAGCAGACCAGGUGA